AUGGCAACACUAUUCUCCAAGGUGGUAACCAGAGCUGACAUCGAGGGUUGCUUAGCUAUUCCUGCUUGUUCUCUAGGUCCAUUGCCUUCCCAACAAAGCCAUUCCAUGAACAUGCGCGUUCACGAUGACAAAGGGCAAGAAUGGACCUUUCCUUGCUUCAUUCAAAGGAAUGAAAACGUGGAGCCUUUUCUUUCUGUGGGUUGGAUUGAAUUUGCUCGUCAAAGAGACCUUAGAAUUGAUGAUAAGGUCAGUAUUCAUGAGGAAAUCAUCAAGAACCAAGAUACAGCAACUUUGAUCAGAAUCCAAGUGGAGAGGAAACUCAGAGUGUUCGGUGCUGAUAUUUGGGCCACCGUGAAGAAUUGA